AUGUGGGACUUGAACGACUCUCCUGAUCACAGAAUGGACGACGAAUCCGAGGGGUGUUCGUCGCAGAAGACCUCCGUGGACGGCGAGGACGAGAAGGGGAAGAGGGUCGGAUCCGUGUCGAAUUCCAGCUCCUCCGCCGUGGUCAUCGAGGAUGGAUCCGAGGAAGAAGAUGGGAGUGGCGAAGGAGGAGGAGGAAGAUUGCUCAUCAAGAAGCGUAGCAGCAGAAUAUUCGGCUUCUCGGUGCCCUAUGAGGAGGACAGUGCCAUGGACAGUGAUGAGCCGCCAGUGACACGGCAGUUCUUUCCCGUGGACGACCCCGAAAUGGGGGCCACGUCCGCUGCUGCUAGUGGCGGUGGUGCUGAUGGUAGUGGAGGUGGGGGAGGAGGAGCUGGUUUUCCUAGGGCUCACUGGGUUGGAGUCAAGUUUUGCCAAUCUGAAAUUUCAUCGCUUGCUUCCCAUCAAAAACCCGUCGAGGUCUCACCAUCACAACCGUUGAAGAAGAGCCGGCGUGGCCCGAGGUCCAGGAGCUCACAGUACCGUGGGGUUACCUUCUACAGGAGAACUGGCCGAUGGGAGUCUCAUAUAUGGGAUUGUGGGAAGCAAAAGAUCUUUUUCCGUUUCCCUUUGGUAAUUUGCAGUGCAUACGAUAGGGCAGCAAUCAAGUUUCGUGGAGUGGAGGCAGAUAUAAAUUUUAGUAUUGAAGAUUAUGAGGAAGACUUGAAACAGAUGAGCAACCUUACUAAGGAAGAGUUUGUGCAUGUCCUCCGCCGACAAAGCACCGGGUUUCCUCGAGGGAGUUCUAAAUAUAGAGGUGUAACCUUGCACAAAUGUGGUAGAUGGGAAGCACGAAUGGGCCAAUUUUUAGGCAAAAAGUAUGUUUACUUGGGCUUGUUUGACACUGAGAUUGAAGCUGCAAGGGCUUAUGACAGAGCUGCAAUUAAGUGCAAUGGCAAAGAGGCUGUGACCAACUUUGAUCCCAGCAUUUACGAGAACGAGCUAAACAAUGGC